UGUAUGUUAAUUAAUAGUCGUUAUUAAAUUAAUUUUAACGUCAAAAUUUUAGAGAUAAGAUUUAUACUUCAUGUGAGCUUACGAAUUGUUAAAAACUAGAUUUAACAUAUGUACAUAAAUAUAUUGUGUUCAAUAGUUUUAUAGUAGUCAACUUGUACAUAUAGUGGAAGAAUACUUAAAGAAAGUAAAAAUGCCAGAAAAUAAAUCAAAAAUUAAUCCAGAUCUUCUUCGAGAACGUUUAAAAUGCGAUUUUAAUAUUGAGGAAUUAGCAGCUUGGUGGAAUGGAGGAUAUAAAAAAUUAGAGGAAAAGAGAUUGAGAGAGAAUUUUUUUCUAAGUGAUUUUGAGCUUCAAGAUGACGUUCCUGUAUCUUAUAUGUCGCACAAGGAACUAUACGAGCACAGUGUUAAAAAAUCACUUAAAAUGGUUACUAAGUUAAAAGAACUGCAAUCUAAAUACAAUGAUGGAAUUGACAGUUAUAUGGCUCUGCUUGGCGGUCUUUUGGGCUCAGGAUUAUUAAAACAAGGAAAUCCAUUAAGUGUUCACUAUGUAAUGUUCUUACCUACAAUAAUGGGGCAAGGUACUUUCGAGCAACAAUCAAAAUGGUUGACACGAGCUUGGAACUGCAGCAUAAUUGGCACAUAUGCACAAACUGAAUUAGGACAUGGAACUUUUAUUAGAGGUUUGGAAACAAGAGCUGAUUAUGAUCCAAAAACAAAAGAAUUUGUUUUGAAUAGCCCAACAUUAACGUCUUAUAAAUGGUGGCCUGGCGGUUUAGGACACACAGCAAAUUACGCUAUUGUUGUCGCGCAACUUUAUACCAAAGGAAAAUGUCAUGGUAUUCAACCAUUUAUAGUACAACUUAGAGACGAGGAAACCCAUAUGCCUAUGCCGGGCAUAAAAAUUGGUGAAAUUGGUGCAAAAUUGGGGAUGAACGGUGUAAAUAAUGGGUAUUUAGGAUUUGAAAAUGUCCGAAUUCCGCGAACAAAUAUGCUAAUGAAAAAUGCUCAAGUGCUAGAAGAUGGCACAUUUGUGGAACCUUCUACUUCGGUUUUAACUUAUGGUACCAUGAUGUUUGUCCGCGUGGUAAUUGUCCGAGAUACAGCAAGUAACUUAGCAAAGUGCUCAACAAUUGCAACGAGAUAUUCAGCAAUUCGAAGGCAAAGUCCAAUUAAUCCUAACAAGCCUGAGCCACAAGUUAUAGAUCAUUUCACGCAACAACUAAAAUUAUUUCCCUAUAUAGCAAAAACCAUAGCAUUUAAAUUAAGUGCAGACUAUAUAUGGAAUAUGUACAAUAAUGUAAGUGCGGAACUGGAAAAGGGAAAUUUAGAGCGCUUACCAGAAUUACAUGCCCUAUCAUGUUGUUUAAAAGCUGUUUGCACUUCUGAUGCAUCCACAGGAGUAGAAGUGUUACGAAUGGCAUGCGGUGGUCAUGGGUAUUUGAACUGCUCUAAUUUUCCAAUUAUAUACGGAAAUACCACAGCUGCUUGUACUUAUGAGGGUGAAAAUACUGUUAUGCUUUUGCAAACUUCGCGAUUUUUAAUGAAAGCUUGGGAGCAAGCCCUAAAACAAGUAAAACUAACGCCAACUGUAGCAUAUUUAGCUGACGCAAUCAAGUUAAAAAAGUUUGCAACUUGGGAUGGAACAGUUCCAUCGAUUGUGGAAGCUUUCCGUUAUGUUGCCGCAAAUAAAAUACGGGUCGCAUACGAGCACUUAGAAGCUAGAAAAGCCACUGGUUUAAGUCACGAAGAAGCUUCUAACAUGACUGGAAUAGAAUUAACUCAGGCUGCUGAUUUACAUUGUCGCGCUUUUAUCUUAUCAUCCGCCUGGAGUGAAAUACAAGAAGCAGUUAAGAACGUGUCUCCAGCUUUGGGAAAAGUUUUAAUACAAUUAAUGGAAUUAUACGCAGUUGAUUCAUGUUUUAAUCGAUUAGGGGACUUAUUGCGAUUCAUUGAUAUUAAAGAAGAUGAUUUGCAAAAUUUACAAAAAAAAUUAGAAGAUUUAUUACAUAAAAUUCGUCCAAAUGCCGUAGGAAUAGUGGAUGGUUUUGAUUUACCUGACAUUGUAUUGGGUUCUGCAUUAGGAUGCUAUGAUGGUAAUGUGUAUGACAGAAUAUUUGAAGAAGCACAAAAAAGUCCUUUAAAUCAAGAACCAGUCAAUAAAUCUUUUCAUUUAUAUCUCAAACCCUUUAUGAAGUCAAACCUCUAGAUUUGUUUGCAAUAAACAAUAUGCAUGUUAGUUGAAAGUAUAAGUAUUGGUGGUACAGAUAGUAUUUUGAUACGAAAUUUAAUUUAAACAAACAGUUUUGAUAUAUCUGUUGAUUCAUAAAGAUAUUAGAAAAAUUAAAAUGUGAUCCGAUUAUACUUCAAUUAUAAAAAAGUUGUGGAACAAAAUUAUAUUUGUAAAAAGUCAACAUUAUGUUUUUAUUGAUGUUUAUUUUAUCUUACCACGACCUAUUGAUUCUGUUAUAUUUAAACUCAGUAUUUUUAAUUCAAAGUGAUUUUUAUUACGUUUUUAUAAAUGGGGAAAGUUUAUUUUUGUAUAUUUUAUUUAAAUUGUUUUACUUCAUAUCUAUUUUUACAUAGGUUUUAAAUAAAAUUAUUAAAGUUGGAGGAGAGUUACAUAUUUUUUUUGUUUUUAUUUUAUACAAAAUAAAAAAAUGAUUUUUCUAUAUCAAUGUAUUUUUCAUUUAAAAUUGGGGUAUAUAUUAAAGUUUUGAAUAUAUUUUUUUAAUACACAUGUAA